AUGUUAAUUGAUUCCAUUUUCAGAAAUUACUAUAUUCCUCCAGUUACUUUUUCUGUCCCCCAAAAGAAAGGUGCAUUGACGGCCGUCAAGCUAUUCAUGGAUGGUCUGAUUCCUUUCAAAUAUCAAAGCACAGGCGAAACGCUUUGGUAUCGAGACAAUCUGUCCCUAUCAGGUUAUCCUACUCGGGGAGUGAAACAUCUACUUCCUGAGAAAUAUAGAUCAAUUUUCAAGACUAAGCAAAUCGUCUGCGCUGAAUAUCCCCAGACGAGAGGGACGUCUUCCAACGUGUUCAGCUUGGAGUGCCCCUCACCGACCGGCGAGAGUCCUCUUCAUCGACGUCGCAUACUCGCGUAA